AUGAAUAAGCUGCUUUUUAAUAAUUUAAACAAAAUAUAUAAUAAUAAAAAAUAUGGAUAUAACCGUUUUAGUGUGUUUAAUAAAAUUUAUACUAGUCGAAAUUAUAAAAAAAGAAAAAAUAUAUUUUACAAAAGAUUUAUGACAAGUGAUUAUAAUAGUAUGAGUAAUAAAGUUGAGAAUGAAAAUGAUAAUAAAAAAAAGUCGAAAAAAAAAAAUAUUUUUUUAACAUGGAAAUGUUUAGGUGUUAAUUUAUUAUUGACCAUACCAGCAUUAUAUUUAUAUCAAUAUGAAAAGAAUAAAAAAAAAAGUGUUAUAAAAACUACAAUGGAGAGUAUAGGCAAGCCUUUAAUAGGGGGUGAUUUUACUUUAAUAAAUCAUCAUGGCAAUAUUAUUACAAAUAAAUCUUUUAAAGAUAAAUUUUGUUUAAUUUAUUUUGGUUUUACAUAUUGUCCUGAUAUAUGUCCACAAGAGUUAGAAAAACAAACUAUAGUAAUAGAAAAGAUACAUAAAAAAUAUGGAGAUAUAAUAACACCUAUAUUUAUAUCUGUAGAUCCACAAAGAGAUACAGUAGCACAAAUUAAUUAUUAUUGUAAAUCUUUUAGUCCUAAAUUAAUUGGAUUAACUGGAACAAAAGAAUUAAUAAAACAUGUUUCUAAAUUAUUUCGUGUUUAUUAUAAUGAAAAUGUUACUGAUAUAAAUUAUUCAAAAGAAAAUGAAUCUAUAUCGAAAAACGAUAAAUAUAAUUAUCUAAUUGAUCAUUCUAUUAUUCACUAUCUAUUAGAUACUAAUGGUAAUUUUCUUGAUUUUUUUGGAAAAAAUGCAACAACUAGCGAAAUGGUCGAUAAAAUUUCUCAAUAUAUAGAUGAACACAUGCAUAAGCAAAAAAAUUAUACCAAAAAUGUAAUUGGUAUACAAGCAUAA